UUAAAGCCUGAAAAUGGAAAAAUAUCUCUCAGUAUAUGUGUAUAGAGACAACAUGAAGAAAUAGAAACCUGGGAAAGAAGAAGCUGAUGCUUAUCUGAGAAGUGAGGGUCGGUAAUGAGAGACUACAGGUGUCAUGAGUGACCUCACUAGUGAGUGUGAAUAGGCAAGCUUUUGAAAAAGAUUACAUUUUCUGUUUCUCUUUUCUUUUAUACCGCAGUCUGUCGGUGGCUAGAGGAGCUCUGAACUGACAUGGCUCCUGUGAACCUGCUGAUGUUGGACCGGACACUCGCUCUGUCGUACGGAGAGAGGCUCUCUGACUUCUACAUAUCCUCAAAGCCUGUUUGUACAGCACCGGAUGCAUAUGAAUUCCCGUUGGAUGAAGAAGACGCUAGGGUGUUCCUCAGACCCGGGGGAGCGAGCACGGUGUCUCCUCUGAGCCAGUACAUCCAAACCGAGCACCAGCAUGCAGGACUCUUCUCCAUGCCCCAGGAUCCUGUGAGAAAGAAAAGGAAAAGGUGUGGUGUAUGCGGGCCCUGCAUGCGAACGGAGAACUGCGGGACCUGCACCAGCUGCAUCAACAGGAAGGUUGCACAUCAAAUCUGUAAACUCAGGAAGUGUGAAGAACUCAAGAAGAGGAGGGUCACCUGGCAGGUGGACCAAUUUGACACCGGUAUAAGAGUGCACACCUUCGCCCCCAACCUGGCCGCAGAGACUGUUUCAGUGGUGGGUUCAGUGGAUGGCCCCAGCAGAAGUGGCCAGAUGGAAAUUGACCAUGGAUGCCUGGAGAAAGGCGUGUUGAACCAUGAGCUGUCCAAUGGGCUUAGUCAGCAUGGAGAAGAAACUAAUGGUUUUGAAGGUGGAGCUUUGGCAAAGCUUAGCCACCCACACCAAGAGACAUUAACAUGUCUUCCCCAGACACCGGGAUGGGGGCCUGGGAAUCCAAAAGGAGCCUCUACCCCCCAGCAGCAGGAGGCAGGCUGGAAUGACCAGAGCACAAGUAGCCUGGGGAACAGUGCAGACAUGGAGAAUGCUAGAACUCUGGUGGCCUUCUCAGCUAGUGCAGGUUCCCUACCACCCUGCAGUGUUCCUCAACCUCCUCCUAACCCUAAUUACAUACAGCUGUAUGAAAAAUUCAACCAAGAAAUGGCUAAUCGAGGUAAUGAAAAUAAGCAAAAAAUAUGGAGCGGUGAUGAUCAGCACUGCACUUCAGAGGAUCUCAACACCCUCCAGAUGGCUUUAAAUCAAGCCCGUCAUGGUCACAAGCCACCAAAUUGUGACUGUGAUGGACCGGACUGUCCUGAUUACCUUGAGUGGUUAGAGAAGAAGAUCAAAAUGGCAGCCAAUGUUCAGGAAAAGAUUCCCUGCAAAUUAUCAGGUGCUUCUCAGACAGAGCAACAACACUAUCAGUCUCAGCCACAACCUCAACCCAAAAGUGCAAACAACGCUUCAGAACCACUGUCACAGAACCCAGUUACCCAGCCUCCAGUCCCAAGACCUUAUGGCCCUCUACCACCUAUUCAAUGUUCUCCCAGUGUGCUAUCCAUUGCUAAGGAGAGGAAUGUCAGUCUACAGACAGCUAUUGCCAUUGAGGCACUGACCCAAUUAUCUGGCACUGGUGGGCCUGUGAGUGAAUCAACAUUUGGAAACUCCAACCACCAUGCUUCAUCUCAGCCCCCUUCUCAAACCCAAGAUGGGAUGCGAUUGAUUGCUUCAUCUCCUGGGGCCCUUUCAUCAUCGUCUGCUUCCUCUAUACCCCAAUCUUUUUCCUCUGGCAAUUUCCCUCAACAGACUUCUGCUUUAUGGGAGCAACACAGGCCUGAGUUACAGGGUUCGACUCAUCACUCCUCCCAAUACGGGUCCUCCAACUCCCCCUUUCCAACCUCACACCCAUCCACCCCUAGUCCAUCACCCCACCAGUGGCAACAGAGCACUGGAGCAAGUUCAGAGAAAAGCACACCUAGGAAUCCAUGGAUGUUGAAUUCUGAAACUCAGGCUUGUUUUCCACAUCCAUCCCAUGGCAGCAGUGACCCAAUGUCUGAACUGAAACAGCUUCUGGGAGACAACAGUGGAAAGUACACCAGUACUAACUUUAAGUUUCCUGCCCCACCUCAAAAUCUGAAGGACAACCAACAAGUAAUGCCUCAUGUCAAACAGGAGGUCAACAAUGGAGACUACCCAGGUGAAAUGAGUGGAGUAUUGAGCCAGUAUAGAAUGUUAAAUAGUCAGCAGCAGUUUCCAGGCCAGCAGAUUUCUCACCCUAUUACAUACUCAACUCAGGCAGCACUGCAACAGCACCUUCAUCAUAAACGUAACCUUUUUUCCAGCCCUCAAAGUUUUGAUCUGCGAUUACCGAUGUCAUCCCAGACUCUCCGCAAAUGGUGGCCGCAAUCUACACCAGAGAGUGUUCUAAGCAUUAAACAAGAACCCAAAAAGAAAAAGAACACACAAAGUUCCCCUCUCCUCAAGCAGUCUAUGGGUGGACUGCUUGGUCCAUUUGGCCCAGCUCUUCCAAAACCUAAACAGAUUGUCAUUAAAAAGACCAAGCAAAAGGCAUCCCAGCCUCUCUUUCUCCCACAGAGUCAGAUCACAGUACAGAAAUCAAGCAUGUCAGUGAGUUCCCUCUCCCAAUUUAUACCAUCUCUACCUGUUGUGGAGGCUGCACUCCCUCCCUGUGCCCCCCCAAAUAACUCCUCUCAGGUGGUAGUGAGCCAAGCAGCUCCAGCCCAAUCUCAGGAAUCAAGUUUGAACAGCAGUAGUACCCCCAUCUCUGGAAACACCUCCCUAGCUUCCACUCCUCUUAAUGUCCCUGUUUCCCCUGCCCAGGAUGGACUGAUUAGCUCAGACCGCACCACAGUGGCUGAGGGUCCCCUUACCACCACUUCCACAAGCCAGACAACCACAUCUCAGUCCACUUCACCUUUAUGUGGCCUAAAUUCCCUGGAUCCAAAAUUUGAAGAUCUGAUUCGUCAGUUUGAGGAGGAAUUCGGGGACACAUCUUCCCCUGCCACAGAUGCACCAGAUCCUGGCACUGCUCCACCUGGGUUAACUGAUUCACAAACAAAUUUUAGCUCAGGUCAAGCUAGACCCCAGUCACCAUCCACAGAAACACUUAACAACCUUUCUGCCCCAACAAGUGAGCUUGAGCCCAGCCUGAAGCAGGUUGAGAGAGAGAAAAAGGAGACAGCAGUGUCCCCCAAUCAGCCUUCUACCAUCAAACAGGAAGUUCAAGAGUGUGAAGAUGUUAAGCCCUCAGAUCAGCUACUGGCCCAGGCAACAGAGGCUUAUUUGCAGCAGCUAAAUCACAAAAUCCUCGUAAACCCAUUCACCACGACCUGCUCUCCUCCAACCAAACGAGUAAAGAUCGAAUCAUCUGGUGGGGUGACGGUGCUUUCCACGACUGGCAACUUCUCCACUGCAGGGGAGAAUCAAGAUACACCUACAAAAGAUUGUUUACCGUCAUCCCCUUCACUAAAAGGAUUUCUGGAAUCUCCACUACGCUACUUAGAUACCCCAACUAAGAGCCUUCUGGACACACCGGUAAAGGAUGCUCAAGCAGAGUUCCCAACCUGCGACUGUGUGGAGCACACCCAAGAAAAAGAUGAAGGCCCAUACUACAAUCAUUUGGGAUCAGGGCCAACUGUGGCUUCAAUAAGAGAGCUUAUGGAAAACAGGUACGGAGAGAAGGGUGAGGCUAUCCGUAUAGAGAAGGUAGUGUACACAGGAAAAGAAGGCAAGAGCUCCCAGGGAUGUCCUAUCGCAAAAUGGGUGAUUCGACGUAGCGGCGAGAAAGAAAAGCUAUUGUGUGUGGUGAAGCAGCGGUCUGGGCACCAUUGUGCCAACACUGUCAUUAUUGUCGUCAUCAUAGCUUGGGAGGGCAUCCCAAGAUCUCUUGGUGAUAGACUUUAUCGAGAGAUCACUGAGACGAUCACCAAAUAUGGCAAUCCCACCAGUCGCCGUUGUGGCCUCAAUGACGACCGUACAUGUGCGUGCCAGGGAAAAGACUCCGAAACCUGUGGUGCUUCAUUCUCUUUUGGGUGUUCUUGGAGCAUGUAUUUUAAUGGGUGUAAAUACGCCCGCAGCAAGGUCCCCCGCAAAUUCAGGCUCCAAGGAGAACACCCCAAAGAGGAGGAACAUCUCAGGGAUAACUUCCAGGAAUUAGCUACAAAAGUGGCACCUGUAUACAAGCAGCUAGCCCCUCAGGCAUACCAAAACCAGUGUGUAACAGAGAAAAUGGCACCAGACUGUCGGCUGGGGCUCAAAGAAGGACGGCCUUUUUCUGGCAUUACUGCAUGCAUGGACUUCUGUGCUCAUGCUCACAAAGACCAACAUAACCUCCAUAACGGCUGCACUGUGGUUUGCACUCUCACAAAAGAGGACAAUCGGAAAGUAGGUGUGAUCCCAGAGGAUGAACAACUUCAUGUGCUUCCGCUUUAUAAGAUCUCAACCACUGAUGAGUUUGGCAGUGAAGAAAACCAGCGUCUGAAGAUGCAAACUGGCGCAAUCCAGGUGCUUAGUAAGUUUCGCCGGGAAGUCCGGAAGCUUCCAGAGCCCGCCAAGUCUUGCCGCCAACGGAGGCUAGAGGCCAAGAAAGCUGCAUCUGAGAAAAAGAACAAGAAACAGCAGCUGUCGGAAACACCAGAAAAGAUGAUUAAGAAGGUUUCUCUGCAAGGCAAUAAAGCAAUUCCAAAACAAGAGGUGAAGCCCACUGUCAAAAAAGAAUCGUCCGACCACUUUCAGGCUGUCAAUGGAGCUUUGGAUGGAUACCCACCCCUUGGGAAUGCCAAAAUGUGUCCUGAUCCAUACAGUAUGAAUGGUGCCUACUCUUCCUAUACUGGUCCCUAUGCAAGAGGUAGUAUGCCUUCCAACAGCCAGUCUUCUACACACAGCCCCAUCAAUGGCUUCCAUCCAAACCUCCAAGGGAUGCCCUACAAUUACUACAACCAUGCGCCAAAAGGACUUUUCCCCCCUGAAGCUAUGGGUUAUAUGGGUCUUAACGGGGCCUGCCCUAAAGUUGCUGGAGAACAACAGAAACCUAGCAUCCAGAGUCUUCAGGCCAGGCUGGUACAAAACCAAGCUGAUCACCACCGACAAGGGGUCAACAUGGCCAACCACAGAUACCUACACCAGUCUGAGCUUUCUGAGUCUCCUGCAACACCUAAACAUACUUCAUCUGCAACUCCGGAUCAGAUGCACCGUGUCACCCCAAUCAUCAAGCAGGAGCCCAUGGAAGUAGCUCUGUAUGACAGCAGAACUGAUGUGCAAUCCCGAAGUUGCCCUGUUACUCCCAGUGUAACCCCAAUACCUGAAACCUGGCUGGGGCACACACCCAAUGGCAGCUUAGUGUCCAAGGGCUGGGAUGGAAAUCUCAGACCAGGUCAAGCUCACUCACCCUUCACUCCAGAAAAACAGCGGCUCCACCAGCAACAUAGCCAACUUCAGCAUUCAAAAUUUGCCCAACAGCAGCAGCAAUGGCGCUCCUACCCCGGUACUCCUGUAGCCUCCCCUAGUCCCUCUCCAGCUCUUCAGACAUGUCCAUCUCCAGCUGCUUCCCCUCACCCUGCUACACCACAACACUGGGGCAGCCCUGCUCCCAGUCCACAGCCCAAGGCUUGGUGUCAACCAGGGUCCUUGGGUUAUGGUCAUGGGGGACCUAGACAGGGAACACCUGUUGGGGCUUUCCCAGACAAGAUGUUGGCUGAGACAGCAGAGAUCAGAGGGUCCACUCCCCUGGGUCUCCAGGAAAAGGCAUGGAAAUCUGGAGGUGCCUCAGCAGCAGGGAGUAAUCCAUCUCCUGCUCCAGAAGGUCGUCUGUUUCCAGAUACACUGCAGAAGGUAAAUGGACAGGCAUGCUGGGACAGCGAGGUGGAAAGUGAACGAGAGCCUGAAGAAGAGGAAGUGUGGUCAGACAGCGAGCACAACUUCCUGGAUCCCAACAUUGGAGGAGUAGCAGUGGCUCCUGGACAUGGCACCAUUCUUAUAGAAUGUGCCAGACGGGAGCUACAUGCCACCACACCCUUAAAAAAGCCAGACCGCAGUCACCCAACCCGCAUCUCCCUGGUGUUCUACCAGCAUAAGAAUUUGAAUCAGCCUUGUCAUGGGCUGGCGCUCUGGGAAGCCAAAAUGAAGCUGCUGGCUGAGAGAGCAAGGCAGAGGCAACAGGAGGCAGCUCUUCUGGGUCUUUCACAAGAAGACAUGAAAGCAUACGCAAAGAAACGCAAGUGGGCUGAUGGAUUAGUGAGUUCCAGCUCUGAGCCAACCAAGGACAAGCGGGAAGGAGUGACACGGAUGGCCCCCACACAGCACACCACAACCAUGGUUACGGUGUCACCCUACGCCUUCACUCGGGUCACAGGGCCCUACAAUUGCUUCAUGUGACCUCUAUAAGACUGGGGGCAGGAAAUUAAAGUACAAGAAUAAAAAAAAAGAAUCUCUCACUUUUUAAAGCCCUGUACCUCUCCCUCCCACUCUGUAUCCCCUCCCAGACCAACCAGAAAGAUGGUGGAUAAAGAGACACAUUUUCUAUUUUUUUUUUUUUUUUUUUUUACCUCAUGUUUUGGUAGCAGUUUGGGAGUCCCCCAAAUGAACAUGCUGCCUAUGGUGCUCUUGUUCUCUCCAAAAUGGAAGGGAUUUCAUAGUUUACCCUCCCUAAGUGAAUUUAAUGAUUCUAAUAUUAUUUCUAUUAUCAAUAUUAUGAUUGCUAUUGUUAUUGUUGAUGUUAUUACAGGUAUUGUUAUUAUAUUACGAAGAUGACUAUUUUUUAUUUUAAUUGUAUUUUUUCCUCAGUGUCAUUAUUAUGAUUGUUUUAAGACCCCCCUCUUUUGAUGAGGAACAAUCCUCUCUUCAUCACACUUGCUUGUUCAAUAUGUGUGAACAAGUUGAAUGAAUUUUGCUUUUUAUUUGCCUUUUAACCAUCAACCUCUUUUGUAAAAACAGCACCUUUACAUCACUGCAAGCCAAGUGUCAAUACCUGCAAGACACUCUGGAGAAGGACAUGGUUUCAAAAGUGGGCUAGGUCUAUUUUUUAGUCAGUCACAGAGUGUGUGACCAAAGCAAGUGACAGAAAUUGUGGCACCAGUGCAGACCUUUCUACUCAGUGCCGCUCAUAAAUACUGAGCCUUUUAUUGGUAUGAUGGUGCUUUUUUUCUGUCUUUGCUGUCCACUGCCCUCACCAUCACGGCUGCUGGCACUGGAUCAAGGUGCUCGCUAACAGCAGAAAAGGUCCAGUUAAGCAAUCAGCUGACCUGAUUAGAUGUCAUUGCCUGAGGCAUCUUCAUCAACCACGGUGCUGACUCAUUUCUUCAUGGUGCAGUAUCUAUUUCCUAUCCAUGAGACAGCAGUAGGUCAAUGCUCUCUCUGAGGUGCUAUUGGAGUUUGGUCCACCCUAACAAUGUCCUAAAAAUGACCUAGAGUGUGACCUGUGCUCUGCAGCACAAACAAGCUAUUUAACCUGUAAACUGCUGGAGUUGUAGAACUCUCCUCCAAAUUUGAGGUAGUUAGCUGACAGGCUAAAGCUUCAGUAAAAGAGAAAAAGAGGAUUGGUGCUACUCAAUAGUCUUUCCAUGCCUCUUUGUCUGUUUUUGCCCUAACAGCUGAUCUCCCUAUAACACCUGGAAUGUAGGUGCUUCUGUAUAACACUUUUGUUCUGUGUAAAUGUGGGGAAAGCUGAAGGGCUGCAGUUGGGUUUACAAAAGGCAGUAGGCUUCUUGGUGCUUACAGAUCACAGAUAGUCUGGUGCUUUUGAAGCUGUCCUCUAGCUCUUUACCUCAUGUUGAGACGUUGUACCCAGUCACAACAUGCUACUAAUACAUGGGCUCUAGAGACCGUAGGUCUUUAGCCUACAUCCACAUACUUAUCUACUUUUUUGAUUUUAUUAUUAUUAUUUAUUACAUUAUAAUGACUAUGAUGAUUAUUGUUAUUGUGCUUGCUGUAAUUGUUUUGUUUCAUUUUAAACAAAUUGUAAAUAGAAGAAAAGAUUUUAUAAAAGCACUUUUAAUCUUGAUUUUAAGGAGGAAAAAUGAUAAUGGAAUAUUGACAACUUGAAUCCUAAUUUUUUUUAAUGGAAUUUUAUUGGGAGAGAUAGAAAUGUACAUAAUUAAAUAUUUAGGUAAGAUUAUUUAACUGGUGAGGAAUAAAAUCAUGAAUGAUUCCUUUUCAUUUUUAGUUGUCAGCAUGUUAAGCCCUCAAUACUAGAAGAAGAAAGCUGGUCCUGGUCAGUAUUCUUUCUCUGACACUUAUGGGCCAUGCUGUGUAUCCUCUUGUACUUAGUAUACUGCUGUUCUUUUGAAAAAGUACUGUACUUAGACCGAUACCUCUGAACAAGCACCUAUAGCAGCUUCCUCUUUUCAACACAUGACCCAGACAGACUUAAGAACAAAACCUACAGUAACAAACACAGUUGGAGGUUCUCGCAGGAUAUCACAAUAUAAUUAUAAUCCUGUACACCUUUGGUAAAGUGAUUUGAGCUUCAAAAUAUCAAAUGAAUUUUCUAUUUAAAUGCCCUUGUUCAAGUGAAAGGCUGUGCAUGUGUCUUGCACUGUAACAGAUUUUCAGUAGGAUGUGUGAUUUUUACACCUUAGCAGGUUUCAUAAAUGUAAUUUCUUCUGAAGGUGCAAAAUCUUUUUAGAUCAUUGUGUUUCAGGUUUGUGUUUUCUUGAAGCCACUUGAUUUCAUAUUUGACAGGAGUUCAAUUUUUAAUCAUGGUGCUACCUGUAGAGGUCACUGUAGAAAUGCAGAGCAUAGCAAAAGCUAUGUCAUUUUCAAAACCUUUAUAUGAGCCAUUGUCUUGGUUUUAAGUGUAUAGGAAAUGUCUAUGGUGCUGACUGCUUUUCAAAUUUUCCUCACUUAAUCAUGAUAAAAGAUACUUAUGAUGAUCAUGAUUUCAGAAGCACUCAGAUGUUUUGGGAGUUCUCUGUCUCCUUCUCUCUUUAACCCUAAUCCCAAACAAAUAAAAAUGGUACUUGAAGCAGAUAUUUAGAAUCAAUGAUAUUAUACAGGUAGAAAAAUUUAACUUGUAUGCUAUGGAGAUGAAAAGACUGUUAACCUUUGUUUUCAACUCUCUUAAUUUUACCCAGGCAUUCCAUCCUUACUAUCUCACACCAACACUUUCUGUCCCCAUCUCUCAGCACUCAGCAUCAAAAUCAUGAUCAUGCCCAAUUUUACUUAUUAAAUAACAACAAAAACGAAACAAAUAAUAAAAAAAACAACAACUGGCAGCUACAUUCCUAUUAGUUAAAGAUUGUUAUUGGUUCUAUUGUUUCAUGUCAAGUAUGCAGUAUGUUAAAAAAAAAAAAUCUUUUGUUUGGUCUCUCCUUGUAGCUGUUUGGUGUAUUAUGUGAAUACAUAGUGUAUGUGGUAAAACCCACAAUACUGUUUAAUGUUCUUUAAAAGUAAAAAAAAAAAAAAAAAGAAAUAAAGAAAUAAAAAUA